AUGACCCAAGUUGGUGCCCUGCUAAAUACAAGAAAUGCCAUACGUGCAGAAAGGUGGGACAUCUUACCAGGAAAUGUCGUUCCAAGUAACAAGUUUCCUAUAGAGCCAGAUAGACUGAAUGGUAGGAUGUGGGCGGAGUUUGUUGAAUUUUCAUUUGGGCAAGUACAAGUCAAGUUAGAUACCGGAGCCGAAGUUAAUGUUAUGCCUAAGAAGUUACUAGAUAGUGCUCUUGGUAAAGCUAGUUAUAAAUUAAAGCCCACUCAGAUUGUACUUGAAGUUUAUGGUGGCCGUUUACUUAGGCCAUUGGGAAGAAUUUCCUUCAGCGAUUGUAAAUUGAAUGGAAUCGUACAAGAUUUGGAGUUUGUAGUUGCAGAGGUGGAAUCAGUACCUCUCCUAGGUCUUCUAUCAUGUGAAGCCUUUGGCUUAAUCAAUAGGAUUACUUACAAAUCAAAUCAAGUUUCUAAUAUUUGUAGAGUAUCCAUCAGUGCAUUGGAGACAGCUACUCUCUGUCAAAUUAGUUUAAAUGAACUUGCUAAUUCUAAUUCAUGUAAGCCACAGGGCAAACAGGUUCACUUUGCAGAUAGUCAACCUAAAAAUACUAAUCAGAGUCUGAAACAAUUGAUUGAAAACAAUCCAACUGUUUUCUCCAAGGAACCAGGUUGUUUUCCGAAGGAAUAUUCAUUGCAAGUAGAUAGUACUAAGAAACCAGUUGCUGUUCCUUCCAGGCGAGUUCCUUUUGCCAUUAAAAAACCUUAUCAAUUGUAUUUAAAUCAACUAUGUGAUCAACAGAUUAUAAAGAAGUGUGAUAAUGCUAAGGGCUACAUUAGUCCAGUUGUGAUUGUUGAGAAAUCAGAUAGUUCACUGAGGAUAUGUUUAGAUGCUAAAGAUCUUAAUGAGGCAUUAUGCCGACCAUUCUAUGAAAUUCCUACAAAAGAAGAUAUAGGGAUGGCUCUUAAUAAUAAAACUUAUUUCAGUGUUCUUGAUUUGACGUCAGGUUUUUGGCACUGUAAAUUAGACAAACAGUCAAGUGAGUUGUGUAAAUUUUCGACACCCUUUGGAAUUUAUCAAUUUCUACGUUUACCAUUUGGGCUAAACGUCUCACCAGAAAUAUUUCAGAAGGCUGUGUAUGAUUUGUUUGGAGACAUUGAAGGUGUUGUGCUUUAUUUUGAUGACAUGUUAAUUGUUGCUAAAACUGAGGAAGAACAUGAUCAAAUAUUUUUGAAAGUCAUAGAAAGAGCCAAAGAGCACAAUGUUCGGUUCAACCCCAGCAAGAUUCAGUAUAAAAGAAAAUCUGUUAAAUUCUUAGGGCAUGUUUAUUCUGAGAGUGGGAAGACCAUCGACCCAGAUAGAGUAGAAGCCAUAAUGUUAUUAAAAUCUCCUAGGAAUGUUAAAGAACUACAAAGAUUGCUAGGAAUAAUUAACCAUGUACGAGAAUUUAUUCCUAAUCUAGCAGACGAGACAUCUUGUUUAACUCAGCUUAUUAGAAAGAAUGUUCACUAUGAAUGGCUACCAUUUCAUGAGGAAGCACUAGAUAGGAUUAAGAGUAAGAUUGUCAAUGCUGUUUCUUUAGUAACUUUCGAUCCAAACAAACCAACUGAGAUACAAUGUGAUGCCUCCAAGGAUGGGUUAGGGAGUUGUUUAUUUCAAGAUGGUCACCCGAUUGCAUUUGUUUCUCGUAGCUUGACAAAAGCUGAAAAGAACUAUGCACAGAUCGAAAAAGAGUUAUUGGCAAUUGUUUUUUCAGUACAAAAGUUCCAUUAUUAUAUCUAUGGCCUAAAGAAAAUAACUGUGUUCACUGACCAUAAACCACUUGUUCCAAUAUUUAAGCAAGCUUUGUCAGAUGUAACUUCAAAACGCAUCACUAGACUAUUGUUAAAAACAACCCCAUAUCAGCUAGAAGUCAUUUACAAGCCAGGUAAAGAAAUGCAUGUGGCCGAUGCAUUAUCUAGGGAUUUCUUACCUUGCAAACCUGAUGAUGAAGUGCUUAUCACUCAGGUUCAUUCUGUAAUAAAUAAGGUAGUGUACAAAUCAAAUGAUAUUUAUGUUCAGCAUACCAAAGAGGAUCCCACCCUAUCUCAAGUAAUUAAAUUUCAUUAUGAGGGCUGGCCCAAAAAUGUUAAAUGGUUAGAAGGUGAUGUUAAAGCUUUCUUUAAUUUAAGAAAUGAGUUGUCAGUUGAUGAUGAUCUUCUGUACUUUAGAAAUAGACUUGUAAUUCCUAAUUCACUUAAAAAUCAAUCUCUUCAACAGCUGCAUUCUGGCCAUCAAGGCAUUGUAAAGUGUAAGUCUCUAGCUAGGGAGACAAUUUUUUGGCCUGGGAUUAACAAGGACAUUGAGUCGUUUGUUAGCGACUGUCUAGUUUGCUCCAAGUUUUCCCCCGCUCAGAAAAAAUUAAUUAUGAUAUCUCAUGAUAUUCCUAAUCUACCAUAUCAACAGGUGGCCACAGAUAUCCUUGAUUUUCAUGGUGAUUAUUACCUGGUAGUAAUAGACACUUAUAGUAAAUGGAUAGAUGCCAUCAGAAUGCCAAACAAAACAUCAGAAGCUGUAAUUGAUAUUUUAAAGUUCUUGUUCGCUGUUCAUGGUAUACCCUGUGUUGUGUUAGCGGAUAACAAUCCAUUUAAGUCAUACAAGUGUGCAGAGUUUGCUAAAGAACUAAAUUUCAAGUUUGUUUCAUGUAGCCCCUACUAUCAUCAAUCAAAUGGCUUGGCAGAAAAAGCAGUGAGCAUAGUAAAACAAUUUUUAAGAAAAUGUGCUAAUGACCCUAGAGCUUCUUUAGAGAAUUGUCUGCUUCACUAUAGAGUAACGCCACUUUCUGGUUUAAAUGCUUCACCUGCCCAACUUCUAAUGAGUAGACAAUUAAGAACCAUGUUACCAAUUAAAACUUCUAGACUUAAGCCAUCAAUUGUUCCUAAUGUUGUGUCCAAACUUGAGAAAAAGGCUCUAACUUCAAAAAUGCAUUAUGAUAAAACAGCAGUAGGUACUGAAAUUGAGUUCUCACCAUCUGAUUAUGUGUUUGUUAAAAAUCCACUAACUUGUGUAUGGGAGCCAGGAAUAGUUGUUGAGGUCUGUUCCGAACCAAGGUCUUACAUGGUAAAAACAAAUUUCUCAAGCAACAUAGUACGACGGAAUUCUACUUUUCUCAAACCUAGAAAUGUUAAAGCACCUGUCAGAACCCCUGUGUAUCUUCUACCUGGCUACAACAAUGUUGAACCUGCAAAUGUUGAAAUUCCUAAUCUUGAAAUUCCAGUCAUUCCUGAACAGCCUCAUGAUAAUGUCAAUAAUGAAAUUCCAAAUAAUAAUGUUCCUCUUCAGGAAGUAAAUGAAAAUUUAAGGAGGUGGCGACAACAACUUGCUGACAGAUUUGCUCAGCCUGCGAAUCAAAAUGCUAACAGGACGAGGACUCGAGUUGUCAAACCACCUGAAAGACUCAACCUGUAA